ACCGACUUCUUCCUCCUUUGAAAACCGGUAGAAGACUUGAAAUUUCUUCUUUCCUUCUUGUUCAAGAACUGAUUUUGGGGCUUAGAACUCUCAUUAAACCCAGAAUUUUCCCCAGAUCUGCUCGGUCUCUUCCUCCCCUGUCCAUCGAGUUCUGCUGGGUGUGGAUCCUUCGGUUUUUCCUUUCUUUGUGAAUCCCGCCCCUGCCAUACCGCCAGAUCCGGUUCUGCUUGCUAGGGAAUUCUGUCAUGAUUACUGAUGCCCGCUAGUGGGAGUUGUAAACGCUAGCACAUGUCGACAUGUAUUUCUGUAGAACCGGUUCACCCUGCCAAUGGGGUUAAACAUUGGUACUAUUACUGACGCCUGCCAGUGGGAGUUUGUAAACACUGUGGGAGUUGUAAACACUGGUACUAUUACUGACGCCUGCCAGUGGGAGUUUGUAAACACUGGUACUAUUACUGACGCCUGCCAGUGGGAGUUUGUAAACAUUGGUACCAUUACUGACGCCUGCCAGUGGGAGUUUGUUAAACACUGGCCAUGACUUAUAGAUGAGACUACUGAUGAGUUUUAUUAUGCAUGAAUGGUUUAUCUGGCAUGCUUAAAUUUUUA